AUGGGAACUGUCUUGUCUAUAUCACCGCUCUCCAAAAAGGGGUCCAUCAUGGACAGCGACGCGGCAGCCGGGGGACCGGGGCUCAGCGCGGCCGGCAAAAACGACAAGAGCGUCAAACGACAUUCGAUGCUGGUGUCGGCUCUCACGUGGAGGAAGCUGAUGACGAGUUCGGCCAAGAAAAAAAGUGCCAAGAAAGUCAGCCCGAACCCGCCUCCUCCCAGCGAGCCGCCGGCCCGCCAGGUCGCCCAGCUGAACAAUGAGAACACCAAAAAGUCGCGUCAGACGGACGAGAGGAAGCCCAAAGCGCCCAUCCCCGUGCCGGUUCCCACGGUCCCGAACCAGAACCCUCAGCCGGCCCCGACCCAGAUCGUGCUCACCCAAAGCGGGAAGCUCUCCUCCAUCAGGAAGCAGCCCAGCAGCCUGUCAAUCAUCUCCCCCCGACGGGUAAUCGUCCAGGCUUCAACCGGGGAGCUGCUCCGCUGUCUGGGGGACUUUAUGUGCAGGAGGUGCUCCAAACUGAAGGAGUUAACCUGCGCGGAUGUGAUCCUCUGGUUCCGCAACAUCGAUCGGACUCUGUUGAUCCAGGGCUGGCAGGACCAAGGCUUCAUCACACCGGCUAACCUGGUGUUCGUUUACCUGCUGUGCCAGGACACGGUCACGGACGACGUUGACAGCGCGUACGAGUUGCAGGGCGUCUUCCACAGCUGUCUCUACCUCGCUUACUCCUACAUGGGCAACGAGAUCUCCUACCCGCUCAAGCCGUUCAUGAUCGAGGCCAACAAGGAGGUGUUCUGGGAGAGGUCGCUCAGCAUCAUCGACAGGAUGAGUGCCAAAAUGCUGCUUUUGAACUCCGAUCCGCACUUUUUCACCGAGGUUUUCCAGGAUCUGAAAGACCAACGCGAGGAGAGCGGCGAGUCCAACCCGGACCGCUGA